AUGGCAGAGGAAGUGGAGAAGCCUUUCCUUGCCAAGAAUGAUGGGCGUCAAAAGCGUAGCCGCUGGAGCAGGGUAAAAGCUUUUCCCCCGCAAAGAGAUACGUUAGCCAGGCUGCGUGAUCCUAUGGACGAAGAGGAGCCAGACAAGCUGAUACAAGGAAUUGGCCCGCAAAGAGAUACGUUAGCCAGGCUGCGUGAGCCUAUGGACGAAGAGGAGCGAGACAAGCUGAAACAAGAAAUCGGCCCGCAAAGAGAUACGUUAGCCAGGCUACGUGAGCCUAUGGACGAAGAGGAGCGAGACAAACUGAUACAAGGAAUCGAGAAUCUGACCUGGUCACAGACCAUCGAGUUUUCCAAGCAGUACGACAAGGAAAGGCGACAGAACAGACCCGUGCAGCGCAUCGGGAUGGAAAAUGAGGAUGACGCUUGUAAUGAGUUGCUCCCGAAAGCGAGGGAUGGACCUGGCGUGGACCCAUCCAGCAGUGUCUAUAAGUCGCUUGAAAAGCCCCGGUUUGCCAAUGAAACUGAAGAACCCGAGCGAUGGGCAGUCUCUGACCCGCCCGACUUUAUCUCUGACGGUGAAUACAAGGAAGAGAUCGACCUGGAACCUAAAUGGUCCGGAAAAGACAUCGAUACAGAGAAGUAUCGAGCUCAGUGGAAUGAAUUGCAGAAUGCUCAAGCCAGGGCAUACGGAGAAUCACCGCACAUCUUCCCAGUUGUGGAAGACGGCCGUCUCAUGUUCACAGCGGAACUUCACGAGGCCAUGUAUGAGCCUAAGCAGUCCAUUGAUGACUGGAUGGAUAAGGAAGCCGAGGAUGAUCUCUGGAAACGCCUUCAAUACAGAAUCUCUUCAUAUACUCUUUCCCACUCGGAUCUCAGAAAGCAGUUUCACAGCUGGUGGGAUCAACUCCCGAGAACGUACCCCGUUGUCGACAUCUAUCAUGCUGCAUUCUUCGACGGCACCGCGAUGCCUGAUGGAGUGAGUUCGAUGUUUUUGCCUGAUAUUAAGCAUAUACCCACCCCAAGGGACAUGAAAGAUGAGUUGACGCGCCUGCAUUGGCACGAGACCUCAGAAGGAUAUGUGUACAACCUCGGGAAGGUCAACCAGGAGCAAAAGAGAAAGGAGAGAGAGGAAGAAGAGCACCGUCGACGCAUGGCGCCGUUUCUUGCAUGGGAGAACUUGCCACCUGGAUCAAAGGUCGUCCCGCCUAACAUCUAUCUACGUCCCGCGGAGAUGUACGAUGCCCGUUGGGUCGUCGAAAUCAUGAACUGGUACGCGAAGAACUCAGCUAUGAGUAGCGACGUCAUCGAGAUGGAUGAGAGCCAUUUCGAGAACCUCCUUGAAUCUUGCCGCAGGGAGAGAUUCCCUUUUGUCGUUGCCGCACGACGUCCUCUAAAACGUUUGUACCGCGAUGUGAUUGACCCUGCUGUUGGUUUUGCCUAUGUCGAUUUCCACCGUAGCAGCAAGAGUGCCGACGCGCACAUGGGUGAGCUGCAUGUCUUUGUCGAAGAGGACAGCAAGAGGAUGCACAUUGGAAGGGCCCUUGUCAACGUGGUCUUGUCUUGCUUCGAAGACAGACCAACAGAAAGCACUGACUACAAUUUUGACCAGACUGGAUCAGUGCAAUAUGGUCCAGGCUAUGGCCGACCUCUCAAUACAAUGAUCUGCACUGUUGCAUCGUCCCCUGGAGCGCAGGAGGACGACACCUGGAUCGCGAAGUGGCUGGAGAGGGACUUUGGUUUCCAAGAGAAGGGUACUUUCGAAAAAGCCAGAGUCAAGAAGGGCACUGCGUUUAACCUUUGUUACAUGGCGCGUCGUAUUGAUGGCUCGAAUCUGAGAAAUGAUUUCGCUUUCCACCCUCGGCCGCAGCCGCAGAAUAACGACAAGAGGGUUCAUCUUCAGGACUUCCUCUAA